GAAACGCACCGGUUUUGCCGUUUUCGCCUUCCCCUCCCUCCUCCCUUCCUAGCUGUCUCCCCCCUCUCACGCGGUCACGCCCUCCGCACCGCACGCCCUCGAGUUUCUCCUCCUCGUCGACGUCGACCUCGCUUACGGCUUCACCCAUCCGCAGCCGCCGCCGUCGCCGUCGUCGUACGAUUUCCACGCGAGCCGCGAUGCCGCCUCCAGCGUGGGGGUGGGGCUCCAACCCGCUGGAGCCCGUCGUCCACACCGUCGCGGCCUUCUCCCGCCGCCUCCUCAUUGCCCCCGACGCCGCGCCCGACGAAGCACGCCUCCGCCCCCUCCUCUCCCUCUCCCUCUCCCCUCCGCCCACCCCGCCGUCGCCGCCGCCGCCGCCACCGGAGGUCCUCAAGAAGGAUUCGAAGGCGGCGCCCCUGACCAAGGAGGAGGUCGGCAGGGCCACGUGGAUGCUGCUCCACACCAUCGCAGCGCAGUUUCCUGACGAACCAACCAGGCAACAAAGACGCGAUGCGAGAGAGCUGAUGGCUAUAAUAUCUAGACUCUAUCCUUGCAAAGAAUGUGCGGAACACUUCAAAGAAGUUUUAAAAGCAAAUCCUGUGCAGGCAGGAUCUCAGGCUGAAUUCUCUCAGUGGUUAUGCUACGUGCACAAUGUGGUCAAUCGAAGCCUUGGAAAACCUAUAUUUCCUUGCCAGAGAGUAAAUGCACGGUGGGGUAAGCUGGAUUGUCCUGAACGCUCUUGUGAUCUAGAAGGCUCCAACGACAUCAUCCCGAAUAGAUGACAUUAGAUAGGGAUCGUUUAGAAAUUCUGGAACAGUGACAAAGUUUAAACCAUCACUGGAUGGGCAGCAUGAAGAGCAUAUGGGAAAAGAAUUAUAACGCCGUGCCGGCAUUCUUCCUAUACCCUUGUAAUACUAGUGUAUCAAAUGUGAUUUCAUUUUGUUAUUUACAAGCUUCAGCUCUGAAGAUUUUUGCUGAGGUUGUCAUUUUUGUGGAUUUAUAUACUUCGUUCUGAUGCUUUGAUUCAACUC